AUGCCUCCUUCAUCUACAGGCGCGACGUGUGGUGAUGGCGCUAUAGCCAACGACCCUUGGGCUGUCAGUGAUAACGCCACACAAGCCGCCGCCCGUCCCCGCGUUCCCGUUCCCGUUCCCAACGACCCUAACUACAGCCUUGGUCGUUUUCUUGACAAAAACAAAGAGACAGCUCCCGGCUGUCAACGUCCAGGGCCGGGCUUUGGCAAGAUGCCGUCCGACGCUGAAGCAGUGACUGAGGCGGAGGCACGCAUGCGCAAAGAGCUGCGCACUUUUGAUGCGAAAUUCUUUGGUGGAACCUCCGCUAGUAAAUAA